AUGUUUGUAUUGCCCGGAUUAACACAGUUACAACUACAACUACAACAAAUACAAAACAAACAACGACAACAACAAUCAUACAAAUUUCCCACACAACGACAACUACAGCAACAGCAACUACAGCUGCAACAACAACAACAAAAACAAUGCCAAGAGCAAUCACAAAUCAACAAAUCAUCAACAUUGCCGCAACACACACAAAAACUACCAACAACAGCAGCAACGAGCAAUUUUUCAUCGGUGGCAACAUCGCCAACAAACAGCAGCAAAAGACAUCGAAACACUACCACAGCAACAACAACAACUAUUCAUCUGCAUACAAAAACGCCAGCAACAUCAACGGGAAAUUUAACUGUAACGCCUCGUUGCCUACACCUGCAUUUGCAUUUAAUUAUUGUGAUUAUCUUGGCCUGUUGUACAACAUGGCUUCAUUGUUUACCUGAUGGUCGGGCAACAUGUCGUUCAGUGCCCGGUUUAACCAAAGAUCAAUUGGAAUUGUGUUAUAAAGCCAGUGAUGUAACCACGGCUGCCUUAGAAGGAUUAGAUCUGGCCAUAAGGGAGUGUCAAAUACAGUUUCAAUGGCAUAGAUGGAAUUGUUCAUCGUUAAAUACAAAAAGUCGCAAUCCCCAUGCCUCCAAUCUAUUGAAAAAAGGAUACCGAGAAAGUGCUUUUGCAUUUGCCAUAUCCGCUGCCGGGGUGGCACACAGUGUGGCUCGUGCCUGCAGCCAAGGACGUUUAAUGUCAUGUGGUUGUGAUCCUUCGGUGAAUCGCAAAACCUUGAACAAAAAUCUACGCCAAAGUCUAGACAAGGAGAAGAAACAAUUUCUACAGUAUCUGGAGACGAAUCAAAUCUUAACGGCCGAAGAUGAAAAGAAAUAUGAACGAUCGAAAAUUGCCAGCCGUUGGAAAUGGGGUGGCUGUUCGCACAAUAUGGAUUUUGGUGUGGAAUUUUCAAAGCUUUUCUUGGAUUGCAGAGAAAAGGCAGGCGAUAUACAAUCAAAAAUAAACCUGCACAAUAAUCAUGCUGGGAGAAUAGCCGUUUCAAACAACAUGGAAUUUCGCUGUAAAUGUCACGGCAUGUCCGGCAGCUGUCAGUUAAAAACUUGCUGGAAAUCUGCUCCAGACUUUCAUGUAGUCGGCAAAGUAUUAAAACAUCAAUUUCGGCGAGCUCUACUGGUCGAUCAGUCAAAUUUAGGCAAUGGAGAACCCAUAGUGGUGCUAAAAAGAUCACGUAAUAAAAAAUCCAACAACGGUAUUACCAAUACCGAACGGACCAAUGAACGACACGAAAGGCCCUCGAAUACAAAAGUGAAUACGGAAAAGAAUGCUCAAAGAUCUGCCCGGAAAUUAGAGACAUCACUGUUCUACUAUCAAAGAUCACCAAACUUUUGUGAGAAAGAUCCUUCAGCGGAUAUUUUGGGCACUGUGGGUCGCAAAUGCAAUCGUAAUAGCACUUUAAGUGAUGGUUGCACAUCUUUAUGCUGUGGCCGUGGUUACAGUUUAGUUAAGGAACGGCGAGCCGAACGUUGUCAUUGUAAAUUUCAAUGGUGCUGCAAUGUAGAAUGUGACGAAUGUCAUGUCGAGGAAUGGAUUAGUGUGUGCAAUUAAAACAAAAUGAAAAUAUAAACAAACUAAAACAAAACCCCAAACAAACAAACACAAUCAACUUAAAUUCUACAAAGACUUUUUUACAUAA